AUGCUGUUAGCAAAGAUAAGUUGAAAAAUAUUUUCAGCUUCAUUUCCUCCUGAGAAUCCUUUCUCAAAAAAGAGAUGGGACACUUGUUCAAUUGUUGGGAGCAGUGGGAUUCUAACAAACAGCGGCUGUGGAAAAAUGAUUGAUUCAGCUGAUUUUGUUAUUAGGUGCAACCUUCCUCCUCUGGAAAAUGAAUUUCACAAUGAUGUCGGCAGGAAGACUAACCUUGUGACAGCAAACCCAAGCAUCUUCAUGCAAAAGUAUGGGUCACUGACGGGACGUCGCCGGGCGUUUGCAGACAGUCUCCAACAGUAUGGCAACUCCCUGCUUCUCUUUCCUUGCUUCUCCUAUGGUGGUACUCGCCCAGCGUGUCAGCGGGCUGUGUAUGCCAUUGAGGACAUGGAUAUCCCUAUCCAACCAAUCUUCAUAAACCCUAGGUAUCUCGAAAGACUGGUCAAAUUCUGGGAAUCUCUGGGGUUAAAGGAACAUCGACCUAGCACUGGAUUAUAUCUGACUACCCUGGCACUGGAAUUUUGUGAAACGGUGCAUUUGUAUGGAUUCUGGCCAUUUAGUAAUCACCCAGAUAAACUCUUUCCCCUGACUAACCACUACUAUGAUAAUGUACCCUAUGAUAGGAAAGUCCAUGCAAUGCCAAAUGAGUUUUCCCACUUGGUGGAGCUGCAUAAUAAGGGCGUGCUCAAGCUUCACCUUGGAGACUGUAAAUCAGAUCAGGUCUAG